AUGUCUCAGAAGUUUGGGCACACUGGGUUAGCGUUCGCACGUCUUUGGCACCAUGUAGACAUUGGUAGGGAUAAAAGAACUUUAGGUCGUCUAGCAUCAUCAAUAGCUAUCACUUUAAUGGGUAAGCAUAAGCCUGUGUACCAUCCAACGCAAGACUGUGGGGACUAUGUGAUUGUAACGAAUUGCCAACAGCUACGUGUAACAGGUAAGAAGUUUGAACAAAAGACAUAUUGGUCUCACUCGUCAAAGCCUGGCCACUUGAAGCUGCGGACUAUGGAGCGAGUGGUGGCAGACAAAGGUUAUGGAGAAAUUCUUCGAAAAGCCGUAAGCGGGAUGUUGCCCAAGAAUAAACUAAGAAAACAACGGCUCGAGAGACUAAAGGUGUUCGAUGGGAGUGAACACCCUUACAAGAGCAACGUGACUGCCUUCGUUGAUCAACAGCCACAAGUUCUACAAAAGCUGAAAGAAUUGGAGCAAAAUUAA